CGAAGUUAUGGCCAAACUCGAGAUAGAACGUGUAAAUCAAGAAAGAGAACAGGACGAGGAAGUAAGCGAGAGAUCUUACGGUCAUGUACGGACGGGAUCCCACAGGAGGUUAUUUAGAGAGUCCAAUAUUGAAGGUAAGCUUCAUAAGCCACUGAGAGCAAGCAAAUCAAUCGAUUCCCACGAUGGAUUUUCAUCCGUGAACUGCAUCUUCACUCGAAUAGAUGAAAUACGACCGCUAAGCGCUAAAGCUGUUCCAGGAGCCAGACAGCGUGAAGAAAAACUUCCAAGGGUGAACACACCACCUUCAUCACCCAUUAAUUCUCCACGCAUGCGCCGUAAAUUAGUACCAUCGCCUCUGAACCCAGAGAGACCGGGAAGUCCUGUUCUCUACCCCAGGUCUCCAUCAUCUCCCCGACCCAUGUCGCCUCUAGUGUGUCGUUCAAGGUCUGCAACCUCUCCUGGGAUGAGACCCAGUCUGGCUCCUUCUUACAAUUCACCUGAUCUCAGGAGGAAAGCCAUGACUCUCAGUGGAGGCGAAACUAGGCGUGAGAGAAAAAUGAGCAAGGAAAUGCAAGACUUUUUAUAUUCACACUACGACCGUGAAAGCAAACCUUGGAACGUAUGGAAGACAGUCCGGAAAAGCCAGUUAGACCAGUUUGACGUGUCCGACGAUGAUUCGUCUUCCGAAGAGGAAAACGAGAAGCUCGCGAAGUUUCUAAAAAACUCGAAGUCGGAUCGUCGGAAAACAUUCGAGAUGUGGUUAACCGAUAAAGAGGCACAGCAGAUUAGAAGACAGACAGCACUGGCCGGAAUGGCAAAACAAGAGGCCAUUAGGAAAAGGAAAGAAGGCCACUGGCGCCAGAUAAAUGGCAAAACACAUCAGGAGUGGCUCGAAGAGUUGAGAAGCGACAACAUGAAAAGCCGAGAACCAACCGAGGGCGAACAAAGCGAUGAACGAAAGGUCGAAGCGAUACGAAAAUAUCAGGAAUGGUUACGAGCCAAGGAUGAAGAGGCCUUAAAACGCGAGGAUCAAUUAAGGAAAGAGGCAGCUGCUAAGUUUACAGAAUCACAACAGAAACGAGACGAAAAAUUGCAACGCGCGUGGUUUAAGAAAAAACUGUUUAGUACAUCCUGAGCAUUUCACUCCAAUGAGUAUGUUUAGCUGUAGGCGUGGGGUCAUUGUGCGAUACCGUAGUCGUUAUGUUAGUAAUGAGCUGUAAUAUUAGAUAUUAGGCGAUUAAGUUAAACUAACAGUUCAUCGUUGGAACAAGAAAGCAGUCUUGAGGAUUUCAAAAUGACCCCUAUAAGCAAAUUGAGAUCAUCUAGAGAAAGGUCGGGCCAAUCAUUUCAAGUUUUACUCUUAGAUAAUCACCCUAAUCUUCUCAACUUUACGAACCUAGAACCCAAAACUUUUAGAUCCUCUGUACUUUCAAAAUUGACAUCGUAUCGUCAACUGUAAAAAAAAAAAAAAAAACAUUUAGAGCCAAUUUCAAACCAUUUUGCCAUAAGACAAUACAAAUUGUUUGUCUUAAAAAAUUUGUAGAAGCAUGUUCAACUUACACAAGUAUGUAUUAAAACAGUGGAUAACAUUGAUAACGCGCUCUGAUUGGUUACUCAAACUCCGUAUAUCCUUUGUUCUUCACCUUCAAGCAAAGCACGCGGAAUUUACACCCGAAAAUAUGGUAAUCGUUGCAAGAAUAAAUGAUCCAAAAUCACCUCAGUGGAUUGUGCAAGCAGUGGAUAUUUACAUGGCCAUUUUGGUGUCUUCGUAAAAUUCACCAUUAGCCACCUCCACCGAAGUGGAUAGUUCUUCAGAUAUACUUCGCAAGAAAAGAAACAUUUACGCAAAUAACAAGAAACAUUUCAUUAAAAAUCCUUUUAUUACCAAUUUAUUAGACCUUCAAAUAUGCAAAUAUAAAUUAAAUAUGCUCUUUUGAAUGAAUUACCUAUAUCAUAUUUUUUCCUGUCA